AAUCUCUCCCAAGGCCCUGGAUGGACUAUUUACGAUUUUCGCAAAAUCCCUCCCUGAAAUAGGGUUUCAGGGCCAAAAGUGAAAGGUUUCUGGUUCUAUACUGGUUCUGCUCUCAAUUUGGCUUUCCAUAUAUCUCUCUGUAUAUAGACAUCUCCUGGUUUUUGAGCAUUCAUCAAUGGCUCCGGACGCCAAAGACGAGGGUGGUUUGAAGAAGUUGGAGUACUUAUCAUUGGUCUCGAAGGUUUGUACGGAGCUGGAGUCUCAUCUAGGGUUUGGCGACAAGGUUUUGGCGGAAUUCAUCACCGAGAUGGGCCGGAACUGCGAGAAUGUGGAGGAAUUCGACGCGCAGCUGAAGCAGAACGGCGCCGAGAUGCCUGAUUACUUUGUUCGAACUCUGUUGACGAUAAUCCACGCGAUUUUGCCUCCGAGGCCGAAGUCGAAGUCGAAGAAAGAUGGCGGUUCUGAUGGCAAGAAGCCGAGCUUUCCUGGCCUAGCGAUCGCGGACAGUAGAGAUAGAGUGAAGGAGAUCGAGAAGGAAAUUGAGAUGGAAACGAAGAACCGGCUUGGAGGCGAUGAGGAGGAAGAGGAGCUGAAGAAGCACAGGGAUAGAGAUAGGCGUAGGGAUAGGCACGGGGAAAGGAGGGAGAGGCGUAACAGAGGGGAAAGCCGGCGAGACGAGGAUGACGAAAAUGGAGAUAGGGAUAGGCAUAGAGAUCGGCAUGAGAGGCAUAGGAGAGAUGGAUAUGAAAGACGUGGUGGAGAUGACAGGGGCGAAGAAGAUAGAGGUAGGGGGAGGUAUAAGAACAGGCAUGAUGGGCAUGGGAGAGAUGAGUAUGAAGAAGAUGGCGAGAUGGAACGAAGAAAUGGCAGGUAUCAGUCGGAUGAGCCUGAGUUGUAUCAGGUGUACAGAGGCAGGGUGUCAAGAGUAAUGGACACAGGUUGCUUUGUUCAACUCAGUGAUUUUAGGGGGAAAGAGGGUCUGGUCCACGUUUCGCAGAUUGCCAAUAGGCGAGUUGGUAACGCCAAAGAUUUUGUCAAGCGUGAUCAGGAGGUUUUUGUGAAAGUAAUAUCGGUUUCAGGUCAGAAGUUGAGUCUGUCUAUGAGGGACGUGGAUCAGAACAGCGGAAAAGAUCUACUUCCGUUGAAGAAAAGCUCAGAUGAUGAUGCUUUUCGGACUAACCCUUCAGGGGCUAAUGCUGGGGGACCAACUAGUAGGAUAGGUCUUUCCGGGAUUAGAAUCACUGAAGAGGACGGUGUUGCCCCAUCGCGCAGGCCGUUGAAGAGGAUGAGUUCACCAGAGAAGUGGGAAGCUAAGCAGCUAAUUGCCUCUGGUGUUUUGGAUGUGAGUGAAUAUCCCAUGUAUGAUGAAGAAGGGGAUGGCAUGCUGUAUCAAGAGGAGGGUGCCGAAGAAGAGCUAGAAGUUGAGCUAAAUGAAGAUGAACCAGCGUUCUUACAGGGACAAAGCCGGUAUUCUCUAGACAUGUCGCCCGUUAAGAUCUUCAAGAAUCCAGAAGGGUCCUUGAGUCGCGCAGCAGCACUCCAGUCGGCCCUGAUAAAGGAGCGGAGGGAAGUUCGAGAACAGCAGCAGAGGACAAUGCUUGAUUCUAUCCCCAAGGAUCUCAAUCGUCCGUGGGAAGACCCAAUGCCGGAGACAGGUGAGAGGCAUCUUGCACAGGAGCUUAGGGGUGUUGGCUUAUCAGCAUAUGAUAUGCCUGAGUGGAAAAAGGAUGCUUUUGGGAAAGCCUUGACUUUUGGGCAGAGAUCAAAGCUUUCUAUCCAGGAACAGAGGCAGAGCUUGCCUAUUUACAAAUUGAAGAAUGAAUUGGUUCAGGCUGUGCAUGAUAAUCAGGUCCUGGUUGUAAUCGGUGAGACAGGAUCAGGCAAGACAACGCAAGUGACACAGUAUCUUGCUGAAGCGGGGUACACUACCAAAGGCAAGAUUGGCUGUACUCAGCCCCGGAGGGUGGCUGCUAUGUCUGUAGCAAAGAGGGUUGCUGAAGAGUUUGGCUGCCGAUUGGGUGAGGAAGUUGGAUAUGCCAUUCGAUUUGAGGAUUGCACUGGACCAGAUACAGUGAUUAAAUACAUGACUGAUGGUAUGCUUCUGAGAGAGAUUUUGAUUGAUGAGAAUUUAUCUCAGUAUUCAGUUGUAAUGCUUGAUGAAGCCCAUGAGAGGACAAUCCACACUGAUGUCCUUUUUGGACUAUUGAAGCAGCUUGUUAAGAGGAGACCUGACCUUCGUUUGAUUGUCACAUCUGCCACAUUAGAUGCAGAGAAAUUUUCCGGGUAUUUCUUCAACUGCAAUAUCUUCACUAUUCCUGGAAGAACUUAUCCUGUAGAGAUACUCUACACCAAACAACCAGAGAGCGACUAUCUAGAUGCUGCUCUGAUUACUGUUCUUCAGAUUCACUUGACAGAACCCGAGGGUGAUAUUCUCGUCUUCUUGACUGGUCAGGAGGAGAUUGAUCAUGCAUGUCAGUGUCUUUAUGAGAGAAUGAAAGGUUUGGGUAAAAAUGUCCCUGAAUUGAUUAUUCUACCAGUCUACAGCGCUCUUCCAAGUGAAAUGCAGUCAAGGAUCUUUGAACCUGCCCCUCCUGGAAAGAGGAAAGUGGUUGUGGCAACCAAUAUUGCAGAAGCAUCACUGACCAUAGAUGGGAUAUUUUAUGUGAUUGACCCGGGGUUUGCGAAGCAAAAUGUGUACAAUCCUAAACAAGGGCUUGAUUCACUGGUCAUAACUCCUAUUUCCCAGGCUUCAGCUAAGCAAAGGGCUGGUCGAGCAGGACGAACAGGACCUGGAAAAUGUUAUCGUCUCUACACUGAGAGUGCUUUUCACAAUGAGAUGUCCCCCACCUCAAUUCCUGAAAUCCAAAGGAUAAAUCUUGGAAUGACUGUUCUUACUAUGAAAGCUAUGGGGAUAAACGAUCUUCUAUCUUUUGAUUUCAUGGAUCCACCUUCUCCCCAAGCUCUCAUUUCUGCCAUGGAACAGCUGUACAGUCUAGGAGGUCUGGAUGAGGAGGGGCUUCUGACAAAAUUGGGUAGGAAAAUGGCAGAAUUUCCUUUGGAGCCACCAUUGUCAAAGAUGCUACUAGCAAGUGUAGAUCUUGGGUGCAGUGAUGAGAUUUUGACAAUCAUUGCUAUGAUUCAAACUGGAAACAUCUUUUACAGGCCUAGGGAGAAACAAGCCCAAGCUGAUCAGAAGAGAGCCAAGUUUUUCCAGCCUGAGGGAGAUCAUCUGACAUUACUUGCUGUGUACGAGGCUUGGAAGGCAAAGAAUUUUUCUGGUCCCUGGUGCUUUGAGAACUUUGUUCAGUCGCGAUCCUUGAGGAGGGCACAGGAUGUCCGGAAGCAGCUUCUCACCAUAAUGGACAAGUAUAAAUUGGAUGUUGUGAGUGCUGGAAAGAAUUUCACCAAGAUAAGGAAGGCAAUUACUGCUGGGUUCUUUUUUCAUGCAGCAAGAAAGGAUCCACAAGAAGGUUAUAGAACUCUGGUGGAAAACCAGCCGGUUUAUAUUCACCCCAGCAGUGCUCUUUUCCAGAGGCAGCCAGACUGGGUCAUCUACCACGAGCUGGUAAUGACCACUAAGGAGUACAUGCGGGAGGUGGCAGUCAUUGAUCCCAAAUGGCUUGUGGAACUCGCACCCAGGUUCUUCAAAGUGGCAGAUCCUACAAAGAUGAGCAAGCGCAAGCGUCAAGAGCGCAUUGAACCACUCUACGACAGAUACCACGAACCAAAUUCUUGGCGUCUGAGUAAGAGGCGCGCUUGAAUAUUUGUUUCCUUCCUAUGUUAUCUGCAAUGUUCAACUAAUGAUCAUCAACUUCUACUUUGUAACUGUUAAAAAUGUAUAAUGUACAAAGAUAAAUUUUGACACUUCA